ACAACAGCAAUAAACAUGCAGUGGAUUAAAUGUUUAUUAACCGCAUUCAUUUGCUUCACAGUAAUUGUGCAGGUUCACAGUUCCGGCAAUUUUGAAUUGCGCCUCAGAUACUUCAGCAACGAGCACGGCCGGGACAGCGAGGGCCAUUGCUGCACCGGCGAAAAGGAUGCGACGACGGGCAGGUGCAUUGGCACCUGCAAGACGAGAUUUCGUGUCUGCCUGAAGCACUACCAGGCGACCAUAGACACCACCUCGCAGUGCACAUACGGGGAUGUUGUGACCCCCAUACUCGGCGAGAACUCCUUCAAUCUGACGGAUGCGCAGAGCUUUCAGAGCAGGGGCUUCACGAAUCCCAUACAGUUCGCCUUCAACUUUGCCUGGCCGGGCACAUUCACGCUGAUCGUCGAGGCCUGGCACGAUACGAACAACAGCGCCAAUGCGCGCACCAACAAUCUGCUCAUACAACGCCUCUCUGUGCAGCAAGUGCUCGAGGUCUCAUCCGAAUGGAAGACGAACAAAUCCGAGUCCCAAUACACUUCGCUCGAAUACGAUUUUCGUGUCACCUGCGAUGCGCAUUAUUAUGGCACCGGCUGUGCGAAUCUCUGCCGACCCCGUGAUGAUCAAUUCGGGCACUACACAUGCUCCGAAACUGGUGAAAUAAUCUGCCUGACAGGCUGGCAGGGCGACUACUGCGAGAAACCCAAAUGCGCCAAAGGCUGUCUCCAUGGUCAGUGCGAUAAGCCCAAUCAAUGCAUCUGCCAGAAGGGCUGGCGAGGACCGCUGUGCGAUGAGUGUGCUCCGUACCCGAGCUGCGUGCACGGCACGUGCAACAAGCCAUGGGACUGCAUCUGCAACGAGGGCUGGGGCGGUCUGUUCUGCAACCAGGACCUGAACUACUGCACGAACCAUCGGCCCUGCCUGAAUGGCGGCACCUGCUUCAAUACUGGCCAGGGCCUGUACACGUGCAUGUGUGCGCCGGGCUAUAGCGGCAACGAUUGCCAGACGGAGAUCAACUCGUGCGAUUCCGACGUGAAUCCCUGCCAGAAUGGCGGCACCUGCGUGGACGAGGCGACGCAGCGCGGCUACAAGUGUAUGUGCCCCAAGGGCUGGAACGGACGCAUGUGCGAGGAGAAGCUGCUGACCUGCGCCGACAAGCCGUGCCACCAGGGCAGAUGCCGCAACACGAGCAGCAACAGCAAGCAGGGGUUUCAGUGCGACUGCCCCAGCGGCUACAGCGGCAACACCUGCGAGCUGCACUUAGACAACUGCAAUCCGAAUCCCUGCCAGAACGGCGCCAGCUGCCAGCCGAAUGGCAAAUGCAUCUGCCCCGACGGCUACACGGGCGCCAAAUGCGAGCAGAACAUCGAUGACUGUGUGGGGCACAAGUGCCAGAAUGGCGGCACCUGCAUCGACAUGCUCAACCAGUAUCGCUGCCAGUGCGUGCCCGGCUUCCAUGGGCCGCGCUGCAGCAGCCGAGUCGAUCUGUGCCUGACCAAGCCGUGCGCCAACGGCGGCAGCUGCACCAAUCUGAACAAUGACUAUCAGUGCGCGUGUCGUGCGGGCUUCACCGGCAAGGACUGCUCCAUUGACAUUGACGAGUGCGGCAGCCUGCCCUGCCACAACGGCGGCACCUGCAUGAAUCGCGUCAACAGCUUCGAGUGCGUCUGCGCCAACGGCUUUCGCGGCAAGCAGUGUGACGAGGAGUCCUACGACUCGGUCAGCUUCGAUGCCCAUCAAUAUGGCGCCACGACGCAGGCCCGCGCCGAUGGCCUCACCAAUGCCCAGGUCGUGCUCAUCGCCAUCUUCUCCGUGGCCAUGCCGCUGGUCGCUGUGAUCGCCGCCUGCGUUGUCUUCUGCAUGAAGCGCAAGCGCAAGCGCGCCCAGGAGAAGGACGACGCCGAGGCACGCAAACAGAACGAACAGAACGCGGUCGCCACGCUCCAUCAUAAUGGCAGCGGCGUCGGCGUCGGCGUGGGCGUCGGCGGCCUGCCCGCCGGCACGCUGGGCGUGAAGCGCGGCAGCAGCGGCGGCCUGACCUUUGACAACAGCAAUCCCAACAUCAUCAAGAACACGUGGGACAAGUCGGUCAACAACAUCUGCGCCUCGGCCGCUGCAGCUGCUGCGGCCGCGGCCGCCGCCGACGAGUGCCGCAUGUAUUCCGGAGCGUUGGCCAACUAUGCCGCCGCCGCGGACAACAAUGCCAAUUCCGAGUUCUGCGGCGUGGGCCAGAUAGCGCCGCUGCAGCGCGCCAAGUCGCAGAAGCAGCUCAAUACGGAUCCCACGCUCAUGCAUCGCGCCUCCCAGCUGCUCUCUGCGGGCGCUGGAGCCGCCGGAGCGGCAGCGGCAGCAGCAGCCGGCUCAACCAAAGACUACAGCGCGUCCGGCGCUGGAACGGGCGCCAGCGAGGGCAAGGGCAAGCGCAUCUCGGUGCUGGGCGAGGGCUCCUACUGCAGCCAGCGCUGGCCCUCCUUGGCCGCGGCAGGUGUCGCCGGCGCCUGCUCCUCGCAGCUGAUGGCCGCCGCCUCGGCGACGGGCAGCGGUGCGGCGACGACGCAGCGCACCGUGGUCUGUGGUACGCCGCACAUGUAAACAAAGACUGCCAGCGAGAGAGAGCGAGAGAGAGAGAGAGU